GAGCUGGCACUGAUCAUGGAUCGAUUGUAUGGCGGAGUUUGCUACGCUGGCAUCGAUACCGAUCCGGAGCUAAAGUAUCCAAAGGGCGCCGGUCGCGUGGCGUUCUCCAAUCAACAAAGUUAUAUCAAAGCAAUCAGUGCUCGAUUUGUGCAGCUGCAACAUAAUGAGAUCGAUAAACGAGUAGAAGUAAAGCCAUACGUCCUGGACAAUCAGAUGUGCGAUGAAUGCCAAGGUGCUCGAUGCGGUGGAAAGUUUGCGCCGUUCUUCUGCGCCAAUGUCACUUGUUUGCAGUAUUACUGUGAACAAUGUUGGGUUCAAAUACAUAGCCGACAUGGUAGAGAAUUUCACAAACCGUUGGUCAAAGAGGGUACCGAUCGCCCUCGUCCCGCAUUAUAUCGGUGGUGA